AUGAGGACUUCCGGCGCCACGUGGGCCGCGCCUGCGCGUUGGGCACGAAGAUGGCGGCCAUGCAGCAGGGGGAUGGGGACCAGCUCUUCGAUGUCCGCAACAGCUUCUACAUCGGCAGCUACCAGCAGUGUAUUAACGAGGCACAGAAAGUCAAGCUGUCCAGUCCAGAGAAAGAAGUUGAACGAGAUGUUUUCCUUUAUAGAGCUUACAUUGCACAGAGAAAAUAUGGUGUGGUGCUGGAUGAUAUCAAGUCUGGAGCUGCUCCUGAAUUACAAGCUGUAAGAAUGUUUGCCAAAUACUUGUCCAGUGAGGAUCAAAGAGAUGCUACCAUAGCAGAGAUGGAGAAGAAGAUGGCGAAGAGUGUUGAUGUUAACAACACAACUUUCUUGCUGAUGGCAGCCUCCAUCUAUCUGCAUGAGCAAAAUACCGAUUCAGCGCUACGUACACUGCACCAAGGAGAGAGUCUUGAGUGCAUGGCCAUGUCAAUACAGAUCUUUCUGAAGCUCGACCGGCUGGAUCUGGCUCGAAAGGAGCUGAAGAAGAUGCAGGAGCAAGAUGAGGAUGCCACCCUGACACAGCUAUCAACAGCCUGGGUGAAUCUGGCCAUGGGUGGAGACAAACUGCAGGAUGCCUAUUACAUCUUCCAGGAAAUGGCAGAUAAGUACACAUCAACCUUGCUGCUUUUGAAUGGGCAAGCUGCCUGUCAGAUGGCACAGGGCAAGUGGGACGAUGCAGAAGGAGUUCUACAGGAAGCCCUAGACAAGGACAGCAGUCAUCCAGAAACACUCAUUAAUCUUGUCGUACUUUCACAGCACCUGGGCAAGGCCCCUGAGGUUAGUAACCGCUACCUAUCCCAAUUGAAGGAUGGACACCAGAGCCACCCCUUUGUUAAAGAAUAUCUGGUCAAGGAAAAUGAGUUUGACCGAUUGGUGCUGCAGUAUGCUCCUAGUGCAUGAGAAGAAUGGAAUUUGUGUCUGAAGAUGGCAAAAUCAUACUCGCAUGCUACAUCCUUGAACAGUUUUCCUGUUAAAUUCCUGAACUGUAGAAAAAUAUUUUUAAAUAUAAUGCCUCAUAACUUAAACAUUGUAUAAAUGACUAGAUGGCAUCAGUUGAGAUUCAUUUGUUAAAUGUUAAAAAUUUUGUUUGUGCUCUGAUUAAGACUAUAUUUGGUCAUUAAACAUGCUGAAACCUGUAAAAACUCUACACAUUCCUAAUAAAAAUGUCGAUGUUGUACUAACUUUAA